CCGGAACACCCCUUUUUUUCCUGGAAGGGGGGCUGCCAAAUGCCAAGCCUCUCGAUGUUGGGAAAUCGACGUUCGACAGCACGUCGUGAAUGUUGACCUCUGAAUCUCCACUACAAUCUGACUCUUUGACCAAGACGGAAACUUUUAGCUGACAUUGUGUUUUCUGACGCGUGAUAAAGAAAAAGGUAAAAGAACAUCCACCACAUCAACAUGGACUACAAGCCAAUCAUAAACGACGCAACAGCGAGUUACGGCGUGGCCAAUCCGGGUUACAUCCAAGCUGUCAGCGGUCCUUCUGCAAUGUUUGCCCCACCCGCGCCAGACUCUCAAGGGCCGAGCGCUCCACCUGCGAACAUGUUUGACAACAUGCCCGGCUAUGAAGGCACUGUGGCUGGCGGAGGAGGUGGAUUUCUGCCUCCUCCAAUGCCAACGCAACCGACUCCACUGCCGCAACCAGGACCUGAACAACCACAAUGGAAUAUUCCAUCAAUAAGUGAGACUACAGCGCGGGAGGCUUUUGGACUGUGGGUCUCCAGCAAGUGUUGUUAUAGUUCAGCACCAGUCAAAGAUGGAGUGAUCACCAACAUGGAGGCUUUCAAUACAUACAGGUACCGGCUGGAAACUUUCACUGAAUCGAGAUCCACUGAGUGGAGUCACGAACCAUAUAUUGGCCAGCCAGUGGAUGCAUACGCCCAAGCUCCUCCAGGUCCCUGGGAUAUUCCUGCUACAGCCCCCAGUUAUUUUAAAGAUAGUAAACAGAUCAUCAAAGUUCCCUACACUUCAUCUAUGAAGUGCUGUCAUGUUUGCGUGGGAGCGGGGCGGGCACCUUGCAAAGACUGUACCGGUGCGGGCAAUAAAAUAUGUUGGGUGUGCAAUGGAGCUGGUUUCCGCCACGGAAAUGAGCGAUGCAAUCAUUGUUUUGGAAGAGGGCGGGAAAACUGCAACGGCUGCCAGGGGCAAGGAUUCAGACAGUGCCCUACGUGUCAUGGAAAACAGCAGCUUUUAGUCUAUAUCAACCUCACGAUAGAAUGGACCAGCCACUCUGAUGACUAUGUUGUGGAGCAAUGCAGUGGACUUAAAUUGGAUAACCUUAGCAAAGUGUCUGGCAAGGAGCUUUUGAGGGACUCUCAGUACUUGGUAUAUCCAGUGACGGGAUUCCCAGACCCUGCUGUGGUAAGUGCUGCACAUCGUUUAAUCAUGGAACACCAGGGCAGGUUUUCCCAGACCUCGCGCAUUCUUCAACAGCUUCAAACUAUCGAACUGAUUCCUGUCACCAAGGUGACCUACUCAUGGAAAGGGAAAACCAACAUUUACUUUGUCUAUGGAAAUGAAUUUAAAGUCAGUGCAGACAAGUACCCUGCCACCUGUUGCUGCACUGUAAUGUAGCUGCAGAAGCCGAUGUGAUUGCACUCUCUCAACAAUAAUCAAAUCAUAACCAAUACGAACAAUCACCCUGCUACCUGUUAGAUAGCGAUGAAACUGCAGAUUACAGCGUGACCAUAUUUUUCGCUCACAUCAAAAAUUAAAUAAUUGUUAUUGUAUGUUUUGUGUAUUUACUGUACGGCAGUAUACAGUACCUUAAAAAAUCAUGACAAAAAUUCAUGCUACACUCAAAACCAUAUAUCCCUUAAAUGCAUUGUAGAUUGAACUUAUUUUACUUUUUUAUUUUUCUGUAUGAUUUCUGUCACAAUAUUUCAAACAAAUGUAUAUUUUUCACUUCAAAUGUUUUGUAUAAUUAUGAAAGACUGCUUAUGCUUUUGCAUAAA